AUGUGGUCUAUAGCUUCGAUAGGCUCGCGGCGAGGUUGUCGGAUCCACAACCUCCCUGGUCUUGCUCGGAAACGCCCUUCCCUUCGCACCCUCAGCAGCGCCGCCAAACCGCGACUCAUCCUGGGCAUCGAAACGUCCUGCGACGACUCGUGUGCUAGUGUCGUAGCUUCCGACCGCACUAUCCUGUCUUCCGCCGUCACAAAGCAGGAUCACUCGUCCUUCGCCGGGAUUCACCCCCUUGCCGCCGCAUUGGGUCAUCAUACCAACCUACCUUCCACCAUCGCAGCUGCACUCGACGAAGCCAGCAUCCAAGCCUCGGACUUCGAUGCGAUAGCCGUGACACAGGGUCCUGGCAUGGCCAGCAGCCUCGGCGUCGGUCUGACAGCCGCCAAGACGCUCUCUGCCGUCCUCCGCAAGCCCUUAAUCUAUGUCCACCACAUGCAGGCGCACGCGCUCACGCCCCUGCUAACCGAAGCCGAGCCGCCACAAUUCCCAUUCUUGGUACUGCUCAUAUCCGGAGGCCACACCAUGCUCGUUCUUGCCACCAGCGUCACCGAGUUUCGCAUCCUCGCUACCACCAGCGACGACUCCAUCGGUGAUGCCUUCGAUAAGGUCGCCCGCGAUCUCGGCAUCCCAUGGACCUCGGCGCCCGGAGCAGCCCUGGAAGCGCUUGCCGCAAAGCACGCCGCUGCAUCCUCAAUCGACGCUCCCACCUUUCCCGUUCCCUGCAAGGGACAGCCAGCCUUCUCGUAUUCUGGGCUCAAAGCAGCAGUGCAGCGCCACAUUGAAGCCCACCAGGCUGCGCUCAACGACGCGGGCAAGUCGGCCAUUGCACACGCGUUUCAGUCCGCAGCAUGUGCCCAGCUCGAGGACAAGCUCAGCAUGGUCCUCCGUCCUUCCAGCGCGAUCGAGGACGCUCGUGGCCGUAAAUUCCCGCGCAUAGCACUCGAACAGCCAGGUCUCAGCGACCGCAUCACGGCGCUCGUCUGCAGCGGCGGGGUGGCGAGCAACCACUUUCUGCGCGCACGCCUGCGCACCCAUCUCAAUACCCUCGGACGACGCGAUGUCCAGCUCCAGUUCCCACCCCUUUCGCUGUGCACCGACAAUGCAGCCAUGAUCGCGUGGGUCGGCCAUCUCAUCUACCACCAGCGCACCACCGACUACUCGCGCCAUGCCACGCCAAAGUGGAGCAUCCAAGAUAUCCCGCGCUAA